GAAAAUCUAGGCAUUCGCUCUUGCUUCAUCUCGUUGAUUGUUUACAGUCGUUUGUCCUGAAGUUAGCAUUUCUGUGUACAACUUCAUACCAUUAAAAACUUGCCUUCAAAAGUUCAAAGUAAGUCGUCAAAAUGGGAUGUGAUGGAGGAACUAUUCCCAAAAGACACGAGUUGGUCAAGGGGCCCAAGAAGAUUGAAAAGGUUGACAAGAAUGCUGAACUAGCUGCUCGAUGGAAGUACUGUGCAUUGAGUCAGGAGAAACUGCGUCGCCCCAUUGUGGCUUGUGAUUUAGGAAGGUUUUACAACAAAGAUGCCAUGAUCGAGUACCUCCUGGACAAGUCUGCUGAGAGACCAAACAUUGAAGCAGCAGUACACAUUCGAGGCAUCAAGGAUGUGAAGGAGCUGAAUCUUACGGAUAACCCAGCGUGGGAGGGGGAGAGGGCCAACUCUAAGGGCGACCGGUACGAGGACAUGCACUGUGCUAUGUUCAUCUGCCCUGUGGUUGGAUUGGAGAUGAACGGCAAACACAAGUUCUGCUUUCUGAAGACAUGUGGUUGUGUGUUCUCGGAACGUGCCUUGAAGGAGGUCAAGACUGAGAUCUGCCAUAAGUGUGGAGAUCCAUUUGAAGAAGGCGAUCUCAUUACCCUGAAUGGGACCAAAGAGGAGGUGGAGAAGCUGCAGCAGCGUAUGGAGGAGAGGAGAGCCAAGGCCAAAUCGGCAAAGAAAUCCAAGAAGAGUAAAAGUGCUGAAACCGUGUCCAAGCCAGAGGACUCUGAAGCCCCAGGACCCUCCAGCUCUGUCUCUGGUUCCUCCUCCAGCGUUGCUUCCUCCAGCUCUGCCUCCAGCUCUGCAGCCUCUGACCCCUCCUCCAAGGACACCAAAGCCUCAUCCAGCUCUGCCAUCGGAAGCAAGAGGUCUGUCCAGGAGAUGACGGAUAAGUCGGAGGUCUUCAAGUCCCUCUUCACCUCCCACAGCUCAGCCAAGCGUACCAAAGACCAGACGUCAAAUUGGGUCACUCACACACCUUACCAUUUUUAAUCACUCACUCCUUUUUUUUUUUUCAAGGGAAUACUUUUAUAGUAGAAUGUCUUUAUUUAGCUUUGUGUUUCUGUUGGUUGUUUUAAUUAUCUCCCCUUUUUUUCUUUAAAAUGGCUUCCACUCUCUAUGUAAGUUGACGUCUUGAAAGCAUGUUUUUCCCAUAAUGACAUCGAUAGAACUGUAGACAUUUUCAUCAUAUGUCCCAGUAAUUUAGAUAUUUUUUUAUUUUUUUUUUAAAGCUGUUGAGAUUCUCAACCUUGUAUUUCUGCGUUGCACUGCUGUUACAUGAAAAAAAUAAAGACAGUAUGAGCAACACUUAA